AUGACCGCCCUAAGCCUAUGGCAUUUUCUGGCCGGAUUCUGGCUCAUCACCAUUGCUUUGUCGCUCGAGGUGACACCCGGCUCGGAUUGUGCGGCAUUGUGUUUAGGUGGAACGAACGAAACGACAGUCGAUACCGCCACUACUGGCACGAACUCGUCCGACAUCGUUUGCGAAGACGCCCAGUAUCACACGACCGGAAAGGGUAUCAAGUUCAAGAACUGUGUUUCUUGUUUGCAAAAGAGUGAGGCGGCCAAGGGGGCCGCAAGCGAUGCCGCUUGGUUCUUGUACAACAUCCGAUAUGCCGUCGAUGUUUGCCUGUUUGAUUUCCCGGACGCGAUCUCUCAUAUCAACUCGCCGUGCAUCAUCAACAGCGCCUGCAGACCGCUCAAGAACGCUCUGACGGCUGGCCUCACCACGCCAGACGCUGCUACGUCGUUCGACUACUGCACAGCCGAUGGGGACAAGUUUUCAAGCUCGAAUUGGUGGUCAUGUGUCAGAUGCUUGCAGUCUAGUGAAGAUCAAAGCUACCUCUCAAAUUUCUUGAUUGCUCUCAAAGCUGGUUGCCAGCAGAAGCCUGCCAACGGGCAUCUGAUCGGCUUGACGGGCCAACUUUUCUCUGACAGUGCGGUCAAUAUUACCGAGCCGACCACGAACACCACGCUGCCGGGAGACGGAGGAGCAUCCUCGACAACGAUGACGACUGGCACCAUUGUGGGCAUCGCCGUCGGUGGCGGUCUUGUAUUCGUUGGCGCCAUCUGUCUUUUCAUCAUUUACUGCCGAAGGCAAAGAAAACAAAAGUUGCUGCAAGGAGGAGAUUCGGACACCCUGCCUCACCAACCCAGGAGUCACUCCAACUCGUUCGUCACGAUGAACAACAGUCCCUACGUCCCGAUAGGGGAUCACAAGAAGUCAUCAUCCAUCAACUCCUACAACUACGAGCUCCAAGAGAAGCAAUCAUUCUCGAACAAUGCCGACUACUACGACAAGAUAGAGCAGGACAUCCAAGCGGGACGUGAGAUGGCGCACUACAACUUCGACCCCCGCUCAAACAAUCACGCCCUCGGCAGCGCUCUCCCAACACACCCCGCAUAUAUUCCUCGAGCCAUGAGCCGCCAGUCAACCCGCGUACCCGAACCCCAGCCUCCCAGUUCGCGAAAGACGAAUACCCCGGACUCAUACGCUCUUCAGACAUACCUAAACGCCGUCAACGAUGAAGGCGUAACAGGCAUCAAAGCUCCGCCGGCAGCAGCAGUAUCGCGCACGCCAUCGCCGGCACAUUCGCACGAAUCACGCGGCUCUCAAGCUGUGCAACCAAAGAUGGUCUCGGUGCCGCCGCCUCCACCUCCUCCGGGACCGCCGACGCGCAAGACAUCGUCAAGGAUACCGUCUCUGGUGCUCCCUUCGGUUCCUCGCAUCCGCGUGCCGAAGAAGUACUCCCCGCCACAGAUCAAGGUGCAAGGCGCGACCCCGAUAGCGGACCAGGGCGAGACCGAGAACAUGCAGAUCUCGCAACCGCUGACCUUCCACCAGGAGAGGUUCGCGGACAGGCCGCUGGCCGGACGAGCGGCGGUCAUUUCGCACGUGGCGCCGGCGAGAGAAGAUCCUCAAGAGUAUGAGGGUGACAUGCCCAUCCGUAGUGGCAAGAGCACACUUUACGGAUAG